AUGUCCAAGGCCCUGGCAUCUGCCAUGGACAUUAUGUCAUCAUCUAUUUCGAAGUCCUUUAUGCAGGCCUUGUUACAGGCACAAUUGUCGGUUCCUCUGGCCUCCUUGUUGGCCGUGAUACCUCCUACCUCUCAACCCCCACUCCUUGGCCACAAGGCCUCGGCUUAAACCAAGCACUCCUCCAAAAUGAUAAUGAUGGCCAGUUUAAAACCUGUUGUAGAGGGUGCGAUUAUGUAACCACCGCGCAAGAAAGCCACUAGCGGGGCAAAAGCAGCUAGACAAUGGAAAUGGGCUAAAACCCAGAGUGAGUCGGAGCUCAGUGAAAAUGAGGAGAGUGCGCUAGAGUCCGAGUCGGACCAUUCCGAUGAUUUAUCCGACCUUGAUUCGGAGUAUAAAUUUGAGGAGGAUAAAACCACCCCUCAAUGCAUGAAUGCCACUGAGUUAUCUCAUCCAGCAAUAUCCAAGGAGGGUAAGAUACUCAGUCCACAGGGCGAACCAUUGUUUGACCCUGAUGACUUAAGCCAACCCUGCUCGGCCAACUGGUCGCCAGCCGAACAUGUGGCACGUUAUAUUGCUGCCCGGGUCCGCAAGCCUCUUGAUAAGGUGACCCGUAGUAAAUUGCAGGUGGAAUGCCUACAUCCUACUGUACCGAACGAUGUAUGCAAGACACCCCAUGUCAACCCCAAGAUUAUUCAAUUCUUGGGCAAGACAGGGUGGAAACCCAAAAAGGUUUUGUAUUUUUCCCUGUGCAACUGCCAAGACAAAGUUUUAGAUAUUUUGGGUCCAGCGACCAAGACCUCGGAGCUGUAG